UAAGGCCUGCCUCUGCUCGCUUGAAGAACUUGCUCCNAGCUCUGAUGGAUCAACGCCCGACAACGGAGACGAAGCGCGACAGUCGAAGCUUUUGCAUGCGAGGAAGCCGAGUCGACACCACCGUAGCCGAGUAGAGCAUCGCAGCUCAUGACGACGACUAUCAACUCAGACGGCAAGGGCAAUCAUCUACAAGAUGUCGAACCCAAGGUCGAGCCCAGCCAUCGCUAGCGCGCGCAUCUGGCGCGCUGUCUCGUGCGGCAUUCUGUCGCACUUCCCAAGCGCCUCGAGCAGCAACGGCUCGGCGCCUCAUCACCGGCUUCAGGCGCAUGCGUCUGCAAGUCGACGUCCUGGCGACGUCAUCAGUCUGUCAGCGGUGCUGGCAGACUGCUGUAUCACAAUCAGUCCUGGCGACGCACUACCGAGCGGUGCUCGGCUGUAGCAUUUCGCGCUGGCGCCUUGUCUGUAUCAUCACGCGCCGGUCGCCUCUCUCGAAUUUGCCUGUCAGUCCGGUCCUUUGGCGCAGAGUGGCUCUCUGUUGCUAGGACUGGCAGGCCGACUCCAGAUCGCGACUCAAGACUGUCAGACUGUCAACAUUACGAUCGCCUACGCUCUGCUCAAUACGCAAUAUCAUGCUCAUGCUCACUCAAGCUCUUGCUGCUCUUCGUGAUCCGGUAGGUCUCUCAUCAGCCUUGCUUCGCUGCGAUGGCGCGCUCUGUUCCGUCUUGGGUCUGCUUCCUGUUUUCAUAGGCUUGUGUGUACUUGUAUUUGCUCACGAGCAUGUUGUAUUCAUAUCACGAGCCUGCAAUGUAUCGUAUUUCUCAA